AUCACCGCCUUUCUCCAAACUCCGAUUCCGAUUCCAACUCGGAACUCCUACUCCUUGAGGGUCACGGAAACAGCAACACAAGUAGCUUUAAAUACAUAUAUUCUGAAAUUAUAACAGUUGCUACAACGUUGUGUACUUCAAUUUAAAGAGAGCAAGGCUUAUUUGAUUGUGUAUUUGUGAGAGGAAGAAGGUAGUUGUGAUCAUCAACAAUCUCACUACACGUUGUGACAAUGACAACAGAGACUGAGGUUCUCAAGUUUCGGCUUCCCAAUCCUGAAACAGAUGUGGGUAUGGCUUUUCUUGAUCAUCAAAAUUCCAAGAAACCCAUCAUCAACGACCGUAAAGGUGGUGGCUUUGAAAAGGAUUCCGGGGUUCCAAACAGAAAGAGGCUGAUAAUCAAGAUUCCUAAUCCUAAGGCAAAAAUAGAAACGACCACAGUGCCUUUGAAGAACAAUAUUGACGAUCAUCAUCACCAAGAUUUCAAACCCAUCACCAAAACCUCUUGUUACCGUGAGAGGGUUAGGAAUCAGUUGCAAGAGGCCUUUUCUAGAGUUUCUUCUGAAACUGAUGAGAGCAUAUCACCAGCAAUAGACCCAGUUCAAGUGGCUGUUUCAGUAGAGUCUGCUAUGAUUGAAAGGAUUGGGUGGUCUAAUCCCAUCAAGAAGGCUAAUUAUCAAUCCGUCUUGUUCAAUCUCAAAGACCCAAAGAACCCAGAUUUGAGGAGGAAGGUGCUUCUUGGAGAGAUCAAGCCUGAGACUCUUGUAACCAUGAGUGCAGAGGAGAUGGCCAGUCACAAGAGGCAGAGUGAGAACAUUCAGAUACAAUUGAAAAGCUUGAAAAGAUGUAUGCAUGAUGCUGAUGAGGAAGAAAAGGCCACCACUGACAUGUUCCAGUGCAGCCGGUGUCGCGAGCGCAAGUGUACCUAUUACCAGAUGCAGACCCGGAGUGCCGAUGAACCCAUGACAACUUACGUCACUUGUUGCAAAUGCAGCAAACGUUGGAAGGUCUAACCAGGGCCAGUAGCUUGAAUUAAUUGAUUGUCAAGAGCACUACAGCUACUGUUAGAAGAAAUUAUUAGUCUAGG